ACACAUUUGAUUCAGAGGAACAUUGAACAUGAUAUUGUGCGCGGUGAAUAUUUACGAGACUCAACAGUGAAAAAUUUGAAAUAGUUUUGUAAAAUUCUGAUGACAAACUAUUAAAUAAAAUGACAACGAUGGAACAAAUGGACAUAUCCUUGCCAUUCGCAUUGAAACGGGAGCGAGAAGAAUUUGACAUAGGAGAUACCGACGAUGAUAACACUAGUCUCGAGGAUAUUAACAAUCUCCUGUCAAUAUCAAUACCUUCUCUUGCGGCGAAUAAAUUUCAUAUUCCCACCGAUCCAAGUGAUGAAUUUCUUCGACUAACUACUACGGUUCGUGCUGUGUAUUUCUCAUAUCUUCACAAAUGUUUGCUUACCAAUUACAUUCUUUGUUAUAAAGAAAAGAUUGAAGAUAUUCCAUGUGAUCAAUUAAAAAAGUGUGCAAAUCAAAUGGAAUUACUUGCAGUGCGAUCAUCUUUAGAAGCAACAUUGUAUAGGCAAAACAUGUUAAAAUUAAUUUCAGAUGUGAAGUCACAUACAUCAGAGAAAAGAGCGUAUAAGAAUUUGGUAAUAUUUUUAGAAACCCCACCAACUAAGGUAGAUGCUGGAGUUCAAACAAUGAAUUCAUGGGCAGAAUUAGAAAGAGCAGAUAACAUUCAAAGCAUUUGUAUUACUUCUAAUUGUGAAGAAUUAUCUUCCACAAAAGAAACCCCACUGCACAAAGAAGAAGAAGAAGAAGAUAUAAAUGAUGAAAAUGAUGAAAAUGAAGAUUGUGAUGUAUCUUCUCAGAUAACUGUUUAUAAUAAUACAGCUUCACCUACUGUAAAUUCCACUAGUUUUCAUGACACAGAACAUGAUAAGUUCAAUAAUGAAUCAGAUGAAGAUAUUAGUAAAAUGCUAGCUGAUGAAGAAACAAUGAAAGAAGAUAGCAAUAUUUUUAGUUGCAUACAAGAUAGUUCUAACACUUUAGCUACAAAUCAAUCUAAUGUUCAAAAUGAUGAUGAAAAUUCGCAAGAUUCACUUUUACAGCAUAUGGAAGAUAUGUUUUGCGAUAGUGAUGAUAGUAGUGAUCUUAUGACGCUAAUUGAGAAACAUUCAGGUGUUACUAAAGCUAAUAUGGAUAAAGAAAUUAAUGCUCUUCUUCCACAUAAUUCCAAUGGCUCUAUUAAGAUAUCUGGAAGUAAUAAUAGUACAAAAAUUAAUUCUACCAAAAGCAAUAAUAUGAAAGCAUCAGAUACAAGUACAGGAAAGUACAGUUUUAGUUAUUAUAAAGAGAUGAAAAACAGAGAAGCUAAUAAAUCGUUACCAAUAGAAAGUGAAACAGUAGAAACCAAACAGAAACGAAGAAUGAACAGUAUUUGGUUUGUUGAACGCGUGUAUCAAGUAUCAAAACUAAAGGCAAAGAUGACAGAAUUGUCUUUAAAAAAUUAUAGAAAGCAUGGAAGAGUUAAAGAAAAAUUUAUUCAACUAUUUGGAGAGUCUGAUGAUGAGGAAAUGAUGCCAGAUUCACCAAUUUGUAUAGAAGAACAUUUGACUGCAUGCAAAGAAAGGAUAGCUCCAUGGAUUGUAAAACAUUUAAUGCCAUUCUAUAAGAAGCGAAGAAUUAAAGACAGACAACUCUUUAAAGUAGUUGCAAAGCAUAUAGCUGAUAUGCUUAUUAUUGAAAAUACGUUUCCCGAACAAGACUGUGUGAGCAAAUAUAUAGAAAUAUACUUCAAAAAUAAAAAAUUCAUUAAAACUAAACAGGAUGUGUAUUUAUAA